AUGACUUGUUGGGAAAGACCACAAUUUGAUCAUUUCCAACAACCAGUAGUUAUUACUAAUAAAUCAGCUGACAAUAAUGAAGAAUAUGAGGAUGAAGGGUUAAUAGCCCAACAAUAUUAUGUGGUAUUUGGAGACAAAGAUGACUUAACUCCUUUACCUGAAAAAAAUCAUCAUAUUCCAGUAGAAAAUCCAAUGCCGAUACGACAGCGUGCAUAUCGAGUAGCUCCCUUGGAAUAA